AUGGACUCGGUGAACCUACGGCGUAAGGACACAACGAAAGGGCCCCCGCUUCGCAUUCUGUCGCUCGAUGGCGGAGGCGUCCGCGGCUAUUCUAUGCUCAUCAUCCUCCAGGAGCUGAUGUAUCGCGCCUAUGUCGAAGCAGAGGGCAAGCCACCCAAGCGAGAAGAGAUUCCCAAACCAUGCGAGUACUUUGACCUCAUCGCUGGAACUGGCACUGGCGGCUUGAUUGCGCUCAUGCUGGGUCGCCUAAGACUCGACCUUGAGACAUGCAUGGAUGUGUAUGUGCGGAUGACUAAGAAGGUGUUUGAAACGGACAAGACAAUAGCGGGCAUACCGUACAAGACUACACUGUUCAAGGCUAGUAAGCUGGAAGAGGCCAUCAAAGGCUGCGUACGAGAACACACCAUAUUUGAGGACGAGGGCAACGACGGAACGGCUACCGGUGGGAAAGAGUUUCAGGAUAUCACAAGUCCUAUGACGCCAACAAGCGGCGCGGCGCGUCGGUCCAUGAGCGUGCGAAGUGCAAGUACAGUCGGCGUUAACAGCCCGGCCAGUAACAGGAACUCAAUGGCUACUAUGCCGACACUCGGUCCAGGGUUCGCAAGGUGGGGAAAUGAGAAUGCGAGCUUGUAUGAUGGGCGAGAGAACAGGACUAAGACCGCGGUCACCGCAGUUUACAAAGGUACUAACCCGAAAACGGGAUCCGCCAUUUUUCUGAGGUCGUACGACUCUCGCAAAGAGCCUCCUCCAGAGUUCAACUGCACUAUCUGGCAAGCCGGACGAGCAACCUCCGCUACGGGACUGGCGUUCAAGCCAAUCAAGAUUGGCCAAAGUGUCUUCAUCGAUGAGGGCGCGGGCAAAUACAAUCCAAGUCCUCAAGUCUUGGAAGAGGCUGCAACCAACGAGUGGCCGGGGCGGGAAGUGGGCAUGUUUGUGAGUGUCGGAACAGGGAAACGACCCGCCGGCACAAACCAGCAGCAACAUGAGUGGUGGGAAGGAUUCGUUGGUGGGAGCGUGGGUAAUUUCGCAGAAGCCCGGCGGCGUCUAAUCUCGAAGAUUGAAGGCUGCGAAGAUACCCACGUCCAGAUGAUAAACACCGAGCUGCCAAGGCGAGGAGUGCCGGUAGAGAACUAUGUCCGUCUCAACGUUGAAGUUGGCGUGGGCGAGUUUGGUAUGAACGAGUGGGAUCGACUGUCCGAGAUGACAAUCGGCACAAGACGGUACCUCAAGAAGCACGAAACGCAAGCUUUGCUCGAGAAUGCCGCCUCCAAGAUGGCCAAGAUUGAGCUUGUGAGACGGCGUAUGGAGAGACAUCAACGUGCUCCGAGCCACAACAGUGUUGGCGCAGAGCAACCGCUGGGGAGCCCGUCAGUGGCACCGGUGCCUCCAGGAGCCGUUGAGCUGCCAGCCAGCACUGGUGAUCUUCAGCCACCUUAUUCAACGCAUCGCCCUGGGUCGGCACCAUACUCAGCAGACAGCCACUCCAUUGCGUCUUCCCAAGAUAAGUUCAUGGUGGUUCCAGAGGAGAUGAACUCACCGCGAAGAUCCCACGAGCUGCCAUAUCGAGCUAGCAGCGAGAAGUUUUCGUACACCUCACCGACGGGGGCGCCUCCACGACAUUCCAGCAAUGAUUAUGCGUACCCUCCUACUGAGCCCCCUCCACGGCCGCCAAAAACACCGAUCAACGAAGGUGGUCCGCCUCCGUCUUACCACCAGGCGAUGCCUGCAAGGCCCAACGGCAACGUCCGGCUGCCAUAUCCAGAUACUGAUGGACCACCACCGAUUGUCAAUAAAUUGAGGAAGCCCGAAUACCGGCCCGCUUAA